UUAGAAGUUAUAAUUUAGGCGUUUCAGCAUUGUUACAGUUGUUGGAUUUAAAAGUGAAAAGACACAAGGUGAAUGCUUUACCUCUGAUUAUUUAUGACGUGAAAUUUUCUGCUGAAAGUUAUUAUUAUUAUUACACGUGAUUUCUGAAUACAAAAUAGCUAUCGAUUUCACUUUCUAAGAAGUUAAUUAACAAUGGCUUUGUCAAGAAACACUCCUGACACAGGAUGGGCAUGGAUGGUGUUAAUCUCAAGUUUCUUUAUUCAGAUGUUAUCUGCAAUGUUUAUCUAUGGUACUGGUAUAAUGAAACUAGCCAUUCUAGACGAGUUUAAAGAAGAUCUCAUCAAAGUAGAUUGGCUUGGCUCUCUUCAUGUAGCAUGUUCUCAAGUUAUAGGCCCAGUGGUUAGUCUUGUCGUCAGUCGCUUCCAUUGUCGACCAACAAUAUUCUUUGGCGGGUUAUUGGUAUUUAUUGGAUCACUAAGUAGUGCUUUCAUAAAAAAUAUCUACAUUCUAUAUAUCACAUUCGGGGUAGUGGCAGGAAUUGGCCAUGGAUUCUGCUAUACUCUGAAUGUUGUUGGACUCGGUUAUUAUUUCAAGAAACGACUCUAUUUUGCAGCUGGUAUUGCUACUUCGGGUGCUGGUAUAGCCAUGGUAGUCUUCCCGCCAGCAAUUCAACACAUCUUCAACUACUAUCAAUUUCAAGGAGGUUUAAUGCUAAUUUCCGCCGUAUGCUUGCAUUUCUCCGCCUUUGGACUUCUUAUUGCCCCAAAUCAAUUGGAAAUUAGAUCGAAAAGACAUUUCAAAAAACAACAAUACUUAGCAGCAGAAAACAUUCCACAAAGACCUUCCAUUUUCCGGAAUUUAUCCUUUGAUUUCUAUAUCAUGAGCAUCCUUUGGUGGAAUCUUGCCUACACAUUCAUCGCCCAAGGUUUACCAUAUUAUUCAAACUCUACAGGGCAUACGAAAUACGAAGCUGCAUUUUUAUUGUCCAUUGCCGGAAUCGGCAGCAUUUUUGGACGCCUGUUGGGUGGCAUUACUGCCAAUGAUUCUAAUGUUGACAGCAUUGUGAUAUAUUUUGGUACAUCAGGGGUUUUGGGAUUUGGUACACUAUUUUUCAAAACAUUCGCACAAACAUAUUUGGGGCAAGCUGUGUUUUCAGUUUGUUGGGGUUUAUAUACGGGUGCUAAUAUAUCCGUCCAAGGACCGAUUGUUGUACGUUUGGUAGGAGUGGAACAGUUACCAGCUGGAUACGGGUUACUCAUGUUCUUCACAGGAAUUGGCUCACUGAUCGGACCACCUAUUGGAGGUUUGCUGAUGACGUCGACAGGGAAUGCGGAGAUUAGUUUCGUGGCAGCAGGAAUAGCCACAUUAAUAUCGUGUUUCACGGGAAUAGUAAUUGUGGUGCUCGAGAGAAAUGGGAUGGUACGUUCGAAUUCGAAGCUGUCCAGAUCCCGUUCAAUAUCGAUGUCCAUGAGUCGAAUGAGUCAAGGCAAAACGAAGAGUCUUUAUACUUUGAAUGACUUAACGCUAGAGAUAUCACCAGACGCAGAAUGUCGAUACAGAGCUGAGAGCAACAUAUCUGACGUAUCAAGUUUUCUAUAAUAUUGAAAUAAUAAUAUCUAGUCACAAACCAUCUUUCAUACAUCGACUCUGUCCUUCAUUCCUUGGCUACCUUCAUAUUUCCAUAUCUAACGUACUUUAUCCAAACCAAGCGAACAUAAUCGGAAAUAUUUUUUUACUUUUUUACUCACGUGAUCACGUGACCGACCAGGCUAUCAGAUGUUGCUACACGUUGCUGGUCACAAUGCGCUUCGCAUUGUUUUACUCUUCAAAUGACGCCACCCUG